CGUAGAGACCACACCACCGAUUUGUGAUCGCAGGCUCACACCGGUUUACGCAAGAGCUUCGGCCAUCUUGACUGUGAACGCUUGGUACAACGUAACGGAUAAGACUUUCUGCGUCCAGUAUGUCUUCAAGAGCACAGAGGGAUAAAGGACAGGCACAGAACACAAAUCAGGCUAUUUUAUCAGAGUUACUGAAAGAGGAAGAGAAUAGAUACUGUGCCGAUUGCGGGGCUAAAGGGCCUCGAUGGGCUUCGUGGAACCUGGGUGUUUUCCUGUGCAUUCGUUGUGCCGGUAUACAUCGAAAUUUAGGGGUACAUAUAUCAAGAGUGAAGUCUGUGAACCUUGAUUCAUGGACUCCGGAACAGAUGGACAGCAUUCAGCAGUGGGGAAAUAAACGAGCAGCAGAGUUUUGGGAAUGUUAUCUGCCGUCCGACUUUCGCCGACCGCAAACUGACUCAACAGUAGAGGCAUUUAUCAGAAGUAAAUAUGAACGAAAACAAUAUUUAAAGAAAGACGGAUUACCUCCAACUAGAUCCACCUCAAAUUCUGCCAAAGAAACAAAAUCUUCAGACAAGAGGAAAAGGAGGGAAAAGAAGGAAGAAGGCAUAUCUAUAACCCCUCUUAAAAUUGAAGCUGAAAAGAAAGUUGCUCCUGCUGUCAGUUCAGUGGCUCAACCACGCCCACACUCCCACCCUCCCCCAGUAAAAGCACCUGAACCAGCCAAACCUGCUGCUCUGGUUGAUCUACUGUCCUUAGACACCCCAGCACCUGCCCCAGCCGGAGCACCUGCACCAGUCAGUUCUGCUGGUUUGCUAAAUUCUCUUGCCCAGCCUAUGCCUGCUGCUUCACAACCUGCCAAGACUGGUUUAGAGAGUGAGCUGAUUGAUUUUGGUGCAUUUCAAGCAAACACCACAAUUGACACUGGCUUUAGCCAAUCACAGCAGCAGCUCAACACACAAGUACCUCAAGAAUCAAACCAAGAAUCUCUUCUUAAAGAUGACUCUACAACCAAUAAGUCAACUAAAGACAGUAUAAUGGCACUGUAUGCACCGAAAACACAGGGAAGUCAACCUCAAAUGUAUGGUGUCCCUGGUGGCAUGUACAUCCCUCCACAGCAACACCAGCAACAGCCUCUCCCUAAUCAGCACCCAGCAAUGUUUAACAGGAUGGGUGCAGUUCCACCUCAGGGCGUGGGUGCAGUUCCCCCUCAUGGAAUGCCAGUGGGAAUGGGAGUACCCCGUCAACCAGCAUUCAUGCAACAACAACAGCAACAGCAGCAGCAGGUGGCUCAGAUUCAGCAACAAAUGCAACAGAUGCGACUCAAACAACAAAUGCCACCUCAGCAGAUGAAUAUGCCAAAUGGAAACCCAAACAUGUUUGCAUCUGCACAGCCAUCAGUUUCAAAUGGUUGGAUGCCGCAGCAACCAAUGUCUUUUCCCCAGCAGCAGCAUCCUCAGUUUGUCACCACUGGACCUAUUCCUAAUGGCAUGGCAGGCUAUGGAGCUUAUCCAAUGGGAUCGGUCCCUGGCUCAGGCCAAACUCUGAGCCAUCAGUUGUGGAAAUAAAGAAAAAUCAAGAUGUUUUCAAUAUGUAAAUAAUGAUCAUAGUAAUAUGAUUAAUUAAUAUCUUGUAUAUUUGGUUACCGGUACCUGCACUUGGUAACUGAUUCGUUUAAAAGGGCAACCAGAGAAAUGUGGUUGUUUUAAUGAGACUCAUUUGCAUGUAAUCUAUCUUUGGUGUAAGAACUAAGCUUUACCUCAAGCCUUAUCUGGUAUGCUUUUUUAAUGGAAUGGGUUGGAGUUAAAGAUUGAGGGAAUAACUUAUGACAGUUAUGGUUUGAUUUUGAUAUUACAUAACUAUAAGAUGAGGUAGUGUAAAACUAGACGAUACAUGCAAAGAUCCUAGGUGGCGGUCUGAUAAUUAUAAUGUGCUAUCUGCUUGAGAAGAAACAUUGGAAUCUCGUGCACAUGUGCUGUAAAUUCUUACGCCACGCUUUCAGACGACUUUGUUGUUGCCACCCCAAAUAACCCAUAACUUACAAACUUAUGUAGAAAAGAGAAAUGCAAAGAAAAGCAGGGAAUCUUCUUUAACAUAUUUUGCUAGUUAUGUAGCCCUGUCAAGUAUGGAACUGUUGUUUCUUUCAUUUCAUUUAUGAUCAUAACAUUGUUUCUGUCAGUGCAAUGAUUUCUAUUGAUGUGGGGGACUGAUUACGCUGGGGAAUGCAAUUGCCAUCAUCAUCAUCAUCAUCAUCAUUCUUAAAAGUUUCAUGAGUAAUACUAGUGGUAUUGUUAUUAUAAUUAUUAUUGUUGUGGUUAUUUUCUUCAAAGUUGCCAGUUUUUGGCUGUUGCUAUAGCUCAGCCAUGUCACCAAGAAUCUAAAAAUAGUUUUGAAGCAGUAAUUUUAUAUGUACCAUACAGAAGUGGUAACUCUGGCCUCUGUGCUAAAGGAAAGCAGUUGCACAGCAAAUCUCAAACCCUUCUUAUAGUAUGGGUUUGUCAAAAACCCUUUGUGUUCAUAUCUGGAAAAGGAAGUGAGCUAAAAGUUUGUUUCAGAGAGCAGGUGUAUGAAUAGUUUCAGUUGAGGUUCAGUCGUAUAUCAGAAAGAAACAUUGCAAAUAAUGUACUUCCUGGAAUAAAAUUUAAACUUUUGUGCCAUUUUGAUUCUUAGAUGAAUUAAAAAAGGGACUAUUCUUGAACUGUGAAUCAUGCAGUGCAAAACAUUUUUGGAACACCCGUCUUGAAAUUUCUUCUUGUCAGUGUGUUGAAUUAAGUUAUUGAUAUUACAACUGAGUGCAUACUAUUGAUAAAUUAAAAAAUUUUCCUUGUCAUUUCUCGCCAAAGGGUCAAAGUGAUGAUAUACAAUUUCAUGCAGUUCUCUGGAGUUGUGUUCUGUUAAUUGUCAGUUAACACUCUGAUUCCUUGUAUCCAUCUCAACACCACCACUGUAUUUCAUGAGGUGUUAAAUUUUUUGAAACUGAGGGGUAUUGACCUCAUUAUAUUUUGAGUUAAUCUUUUCUCUUUAACUGAGUUUGUUUAAAAUUGUGACCAGUUAAUCAUCAAUUGUUUUUCAGUCUAUUAUUUUUUUGUACAUUUAGCUUACAGUCUUUGCAAUUAAUUUAAUUUUAAAUGAUUCUUGUAAAUGUAUAUGGUGCUCUGUCUUUCCCUUGGCCUUCAUAAGCAUUACCUUGUUAAUUUUUGUUCAGUUUUCAUAUUUACUGCAUAAGCUACUGAUAAAGAAGAUCCCAGUUUGUACAUUCAAGGUGUACUAUUGACAGUUUUGAAAACUAACUGCCUUUAAAUAAGAGGAAACCUUUGAAAUGAUUAUUGUUUAAUAUGAUGGAUAGGCAUGGUAGAAUUGCUGCCAAUAAACUUAAAUUAUCAAUGGUG